AGCCAAACGUGACACGAAAAACAUGCAAAUAGGUUACGUCGGAAAUAGGUAAAUCGAUGAUGCUUACUGCCUCUGACUUCAGUCUAAGAUAUCCAACCAGCUUAAAUGAUAAUCUCAGUAAAGGGAAAUAAAAGGUAUUAAAGGUUUGAUUAUAUAGAUUGUGUAUUACAUAAGUAUUCUUGGUUUAAAGUUCUCGUUCUUUUUUCAGUCGAGAUGGAUUUUCGGAGGAUGGAUGUCGUUUAGUUACAUCACAAAGCAACUCAGAAGAAACAGUCUGCAGCUGCAGUCAUUUGACUCAUUUUGCUGUCUUAGUAGACUACAGUGGUGGCAGUGUGCACGUGCUUUCACAGAAGGACGAAGAUAUUCUCGAGAUUAUCACUUACGUAGGAUUGAGCCUUUCAAUCAUCGGAAUGAUUUUAACCAUAACCAUGUAUUCCCUUUUCACAGAUAUUCAUCAGCCUCUGACUCAAAUAAGACUGAGUCUCGCCGCGUCGCUCGGAGCUGGUCAAAUAAGCUUUCUCGCCGGAAUGCACGCCAUGGGUAACCCUGUCGUUUGCAUAACAGCAGCAGUUCUUACGCAGUAUCUCUUGUUGGCCGCUUUCUGCUGGAUGCUGGUGGAAGGAAUCUACUUUUACUUGUUUAUUGUUAAAGUUUACAACAUCAGCAAUAAGAUGAUAGUAUAUCACGUCAUGGCAUGGGGUUUCCCCAUCAUCUUUGUCGGCAUUCCUCUCGGCGUCGCAAUCGGAAAAGGAGGGAUCCAAAGCUAUACCAGCGAUAAAUAUUGUUGGUUAUCGUCAACUUAUGACUUGAUGUGGAUAUUUGUUGCAUUUCUGACAGCAACUGCGGUGUUCAGCAGUUUUAUACUCGCACGUGUAAUACGGGAGUUGACCACAUUGCCACAAACAGGAACCACCAAGAUUCAGCGAGUCCGACUUGGCAUCAGAAGAUGCGUGGUCAUGAUUCCCCUUCUGGGUAUCACUUGGUCGUUUGGUAUUCUAUCGCCACUACACAAGACUUUUACCUACAUUUUCACCAUUCUCAACUCUAUGCAGGGUGUCCUGAUUUUUACCCUGCACUGUGUGCGAAAUAGUCAGAUUAUGGAGCGACUAAAAGGAAAAAGGAUCACGAAACGAGUUGGUCAGAUCAGAGCUCAUUUGAGAGGGAGAAUGAACGUUGUUUCCCUUUCUCCGAACAACAAAAACUCAGCCAAAAAGAGUGCAAAGAUCCAUCCGUGUGACGGUGAUCCAGUGUGGGCGAUUAAAUUGCACUCUUUCAGAAGAUAUGAGUUGAAAUAGGAAUACAUAUAAGUAAAUAGAUUCAGUAGGCAGCGGGUGAUAGCUGAUUGUUAUGUCGCACUAUUUAAGCGACGAUAAUUCCUCCUCAGUCGCAAUUGAUCUGUUUCAAUUCGUCUUUCUGCUCGGUCAGUGGACCAUUCGUUAAUUCAGAAAUUGGGUUGUUCGUGGAGCGCUGGAAGUCGUUGUCGUUUUUUAAGAGUAAUUUAAUGAAUCAGCAGUCUUACUCGACUUGAGUGAGAGGAUUCAGUUCGAGUCAAUAGAGCAGUUCAUAGCUCGAUAAGUCUUAUAGCUUAUGAAACCGUAGCAAAGCUCAUCAAUCAUUUAUUUCGUUUAAAUAUGAAAGAUAGACAUUUUAUGCACAUCGCAGCCAGACGAUUAAUUUCGAAUAUCCGUAGUUUCGUAUUUACAGACGGAACGACUUUAAUAAGCUCUCUUAAUAAAGGUUAUAGUGACAUCGAAAAAAAGGCAAGAAUAGGAUUUGACAAGUGUGUAUCAUGUGAGACUCGAUUAAAAUGUUACUUAGAUAGAAUGAAA